AGCACAGUAUCCACCUGGGGUCCCGCCUGCAGUUUUUACUUUGGGACCCCUUCCUGUAUACUACUAUCAUUCGCCUUCGGGACAAACAAGUCGACCCCCACGUUCAGCUUUGGCGGGACACAGCCAUCAACGGGCUUGCAAUCCGCCGCACCCACGGCUACUGCAGCGUCGACGACCACCACUGCCGCAACCACUGCUACGACUCAAGCCCCAACACAGGCAACCGGCUCUGCUGCGCCAUCUUCAACAAUGCAUUACCGACUGCUGGAGGAAUCCGUCAACCAGUGGAAGGUGGAGCUGGAAGAGCUCGAGAGGAACUUCAUCGACCAGGCCACGCAGGUUAACGCCUGGGACCGACUGCUGCUGUCGAGUGCCGAGCGAGUGGGCCAGCUGAGCUCGCUGGUGGAGCGUGCUCAGCUGGACCAGCAGCGACUGGAGCACGAGCUGGACUACGUGGCUGCCCAGCAGGGUGAGCUCGAGCGGCUACUGGCACCCCUCGAGUCCGCGCUGAAGCAGGCACCCGCCCUCUCCAUACAGCAGCACGCCGACCUCGAACGCGAGCACACGUACCACAUGGCAGAGAACAUCAACUCCCAGCUGAGCUGCGUGUCUCGGGACAUUAGGGACAUUGUGGAGCAGCUGAACGCAGCCAACGCAUUCGCUGCACAGGACAAGCCGCUGCAACAGAUCUCGAAGGUUCUGAAUUCUCACAUGGAUGCUCUUAUGUGGGUGCAGCACAACUCUGGUGUUCUGCAGCAGAAGCUGCAGGACCUGGAGCGUGCCUGCCAGCAGCAGAGGGCUGACCCAUCGCUGAAGCGCUGACACCCAAGCAGCCACGAGCCUCUUCAUUUUCGUGUUAAUAAAUUUUUUGGUCAUCCAUA